UGAUAACGGAGCACUGUAACUUGCCCAGCACUUGAGAGGGAGACAGCUGGCUGGCCUGUCCAUUGCCUGUGGAGGUGAAGAUGGAGGACAGAGCAGCUGCUAGCAGAGAUCCCGCUUCACAGGCAAAUGGUGUGACGACGGCCAGUGCAGAAGCAAAGCAAAAAUCCGGCAAGAAGCCUCAGCCAGGAGCCCCUGGCAAGAAGCAGCCGGCAGCUGCUGCCCCUCGCCUUCCGACAGCUCCCUGCAGCGCUCCCAAAACGCUCAGCAACGGGACGGCUCGGAAGGCCAACGUGUUGCAGCCCAGACAGCCAGUGUCCAAGGCUAGUGGGGCUACCAACGCAUCUGGUAGAGGGACCAUGAAAAAGGCAGUCGGGGACAGACCCAGUAGCUCGAAGAGUUUGGAAAAGAUCGGCUUGGACAAGGAGGGGCAGCGAAACCCCACAAAAGUGACAACACAGUCCACAGCUUCAGCACCGAAGACAACUGCCGCAAAACCCAAGAGGCCUGAACAGACGAAACCCACCAGGACUUGGUUACCAGGGACUAAGAAUGCAACUGCAUCAGCCCUAAACAGAGCACCCGCCAAUGACAGAAAUGUAGGCAAACCUAAGCAGACAGCACCACCUGCUGGCCAAGCCAUGGCAGUGCAGCAGCAGAAAAACGCUCUGGCUACGCAAAGAGAUGCUUCCAAGGGUGCCACCAUCCCCAAGGCCAAGCCUUCAAGCUCAAACCCCACCGCGAAGGUGCCGUCUGCCCCAAAGCACCCCAGAGUGCCAGGCAGCAAGUUUCAGUCUGAGCAACUCCUUGGACAGAGGAACACAGCUGCCUCUGUGAAUCCCAAGCUUUCAGCCAAGAAGUUUUCAGAACCCACGAAGCCUCGACCUGCUGCCAAGGUGGCAGGUGGGAGUGUCCAUCCAGCCAUGCCACCGCGGCCACUUCCCUCCAAGGCCCCCCCUGCAACAGGCAGUCUGGGCAAGAAGUUCCAGAAGAAAGAUGCUCUUCCCAACCAAGGGCGGGCCCCUGCUGAAAAUAAAUUCCAGAAGGUGGCUUCCAAGGAUGGGAACACCAAGUUUGCCACUAGAGAAGCAGAGGGCAUCUCCAUAGAGGAUCCAAAGCCUCUAGAAGAAAUGGAGCUUACCAUGAAGGUGGAGACUGGCCAGCUGCUCUGGCCAGAGGUGAUGCCGGAGACCUCUGGGGUGGAGGUGCCGGGGAAUGAGCGAAUGGAACCCUGCGGCUUGGAAGGGGAGGGGGUGGCUGGGCAGACCAGCAUGGCAGUUCCAAAAUUGCUAUCUUCAGCAGAGCUUGAAGUGCCGCUGGGCUCUCCUGGUCACCAAGAGGUAGAGGUCUCCCAACUUAAUGGGAUGCCUUGCUUUGCUGCCAGCCCCAAGGCCCUAGGGUCCCCUAGUGGGGGUGAUGAAACUCUGGGUUUGGAGGUUGCUCUCCCUUGUGAAACCUCCUCUCCUAUUCAUUUGGAGCUCUUUUGCCAGACUCCUCCGUCACCAUGCCUGUGGCCUGGUGGUGAGGGCAUGGACUCUAAGUGCUUGGAAGGACAAGCAUCGCCAUGUCACGAUGUUCCGGUGGUGGCUGAGCAGCCAAGCCUGUUGCUUGGCACUGACAAGUCAUCUUGGGAAGACCUCCGCCAUCUCUCCAUGUCUCCGCCGAUUGAGGACUCCCGGAGACUGAUUACGGAAGUUGUUCCCAUGCUAAGCUACGUAGAGGGACACUCUUCCCCUGGCUCCUGGCCCCUGGGGGCUGGGUUGCUUGAAGAGGCCCAAGCAGGACCAGAGGAGGAGCCUCCCCUCCAAGCAGAGCUGCCUCCAUCAGCCAGCCAGCCAGGUCCUCCCCUGGAAACAACAGCAGAACCCCUGUCAAUGGUGCAUAGUGGUGGGCAUAGUGCUGAGGAGGAGGAAGACGAGGCCAUAAGCCUGUCUCGGAGCCUGGAGGAGGACAUGGCCUCUCUGGUGGUAGAGAAUGAAAGACUGAGGAGCCCCCUAGACCUUGCAGAUGAAGGUAGCCGCAUUAUGCAGGAGGAGAGGCUGCAUGCUGCUGUUGCAGGUGAAGAGUUGGAGGACGUGCUGCAGGUAGCAGAACAUUCCGCAAUCGGAAAGGUCGUGGAGGACCAGACGCCUCCCUCCCUCCCUACAGCUGCAGCCUCAGUUCCUGCCGAGUUGGCUGGAGAGCUUUCUCUAGGCUGUGGUGACCAGCAAUCCAGCUCUCCUGGUGAACAUCCCAGCAUUGGAGGCCUUGCGGACGAUGCACUGGUCCCAGAGCUGUGUGUGAGUCACCUGAAGCAGGAGGCCCCUCUGCAGUGUGAAGCUCUAGCUCUCUCCCCCCCACCUCCCGAGGAGAUCUCACCCAGUGGUGGAGGUGGCCUUGUUCAAGUAUCUGUGCCCAAACCCCAGAGCCUGCCCUUGAAGAGCCUGGAGUUGUUCCAGGAGCAUCCCCACCCACUGGUCGAUGAGCCAGGGUCGCCUCUCAGCAAUGUGGCGCUGCAGGGCCACUCCCCCGAGAGGGGCGGCGGUGCCUCCUCCUCCAAAUCCAGCACUUUAAGUGGCCCCGAUCUGGCCGGCAAGAGUAGCAGCGAGACCAGCACCCCGGAGGAGCUGCGGGAGUAUGACAGCAGCUCGGGUGUGGAGUCCAAGUCGGACGAGAAGCUGGAGCAGACCUGCCACCAGCUCCUGAGUCCCCUGGAGGACCUCCCUGGUGAGCUGGACCUGGGCAUCCACAUGGAGAAGGGGGAUGAUGAGGCGGAAACCCUGCCAGCGGAUGAAAUCCUCGGAGACCCCCCCACGGAGCCCACGGUGUCCUCAGAGGAGGAAACGGAGCUGGAUGUGGACCUCCUGAAGGACAGCGGCUUCCCCAAAGCGGUGUGCCUCUCGGCCUCUCCUCCAGGCCAGCCGCCCUUGCCCCACUCGGUGGAGGAGUCCGACGAGCCCGGCUCCGGUGACGCCGGCACAGAGACGCCUGCCUCCACCAAUUCUGCCGCCUCUUGCGACGUCUUUGGGGCCUUCCACCUCCAUUCGACCGACAGCUGUGGCAAGAGCCCCGGCCUCUCUUCCCUGGAGAGCGAGGAGCAUUCCACGGAGGGCGGCAAGGACCAUCUCUCCAAGGAAGCUGGCAGCAAGAUACCCACGGAUUGGGAGCAUCCUUUGCAAGCCCCUCUGGCUCCCCAGCAGAUCGGAGGGCCUGGUGAAGAGUCCUCCCAGCCUUUCACGGCCACUCCUAGCCUGGCUGCAGGUGACAAUGGGGCCAGCCUGCCCUUCCCUUGGGGACCGUGCCCGACAGAGAUCCUCUCCACUAUCUAUGAAGUGGAAAGUGGUGCGGAGACGCCUGGCCCAGAGGAAGAGGAUGGAAGCCGCUGCUUGCGGGCUGCCUCCCAGGACCAGGCUCUUCACCUGGGGAGCAUCCAGGCCACGGUUGUGCAGCAGCUGAUCGGCCGGACGCUGCUCUUCUCCGCGGAGGCGCCUCCGGGGGCUGUCGGUGGGAAGGGGGCCGUGAGCAGCGAAGCAGAGAUCGGCAAGUGGACAGAACUGAUCUCCCCUCUGGAUGAGUCGCGGGCCAGCAUCACAUCUGUGACGAGCUUCUCCCCAGAGGACAUGUCAUCCCCCCAUGGAGACUGGACUGUGGUGGAAGUAGAGACCUUCCACUGA